GCGGGGGGUGGGGAGCAGAGCGGGCCCCGCCCCCGCCGCCCCCUCCCCGAGCCAGCGCAGGAUGCCCCCGGCGCCUGGCCGCCCCCCGGGAGGUCCUGAGCACCACGCGCCCCCUCUGCGCCAUGUCCCCGCCCGGGUCCGCCGCGGGAGAGAGCGCGGGCGGCGGCGGCGGCGGCGGCGGGCCCGGGGUCCCGGAGGAGCCCCUGGCGGCGGACGAGGGCCCCGCCCGAGAGGAGCAGCGACCCAUCCAGCCCUCUUUCACCAAGUCCCUCUGCCGUGAGUCCCACUGGAAGUGCCUCCUGCUGUCGCUGCUCAUGUACGGCUGCCUGGGGGCAGUGGCCUGGUGCCACGUCACCACAGUGACCCGCCUCACCUUCAGCAGCGCCUACCAGGGCAACAGCCUCAUGUACCACGACAGCCCCUGCUCCAAUGGCUACGUCUACAUUCCCCUGGCCUUCCUGCUCAUGCUGUAUGCUGUCUACCUGGUGGAGUGUUGGCACUGCCAGGCCCGCCAUGAGCUGCAGCACCGCGUGGAUGUGAGCAGCGUGCGGGAGCGUGUGGGCCGCAUGCAGCAGGCCACGCCCUGCAUCUGGUGGAAGGCCAUUAGCUACCACUACGUCCGCCGCACCCGCCAGGUCACCAGGUACCGCAAUGGAGAUGCUUAUACCACCACCCAGGUCUACCACGAGCGCGUCAACACGCACGUGGCCGAGGCCGAGUUUGACUAUGCCCGUUGCGGCGUCCGGGACGUGUCCAAGGCGCUGGUGGGGCUGGAGGGUGCGCCCGCCACGCGGCUGCGAUUUACCAAGUGCUUCAGCUUCGCCAGCGUGGAGGCGGAGAACGCGUACCUGUGCCAGCGCGCACGCUUCUUCGCGGAGAAUGAGGGCCUGGACGACUACAUGGAGGCGCGUGAGGGUAUGCACCUGAAGAACGUGGACUUCCGGGAGUUCAUGGUGGCCUUUCCGGACCCGGCACGGCCGCCCUGGUAUGCGUGCUCGUCGGCCUUCUGGGCCGCAGCGCUGCUCACACUGUCGUGGCCACUGCGCGUGCUGUCCGAGUACCGCACGGCCUACGCGCACUACCACGUGGAGAAGCUCUUUGGCCUCGAGGGCCCGGGCUCUGCUGGGGGCCUGAGCCCCGGCGACGAGCUGCUGCCCCCACUGGCGCACCGUCUGCCGCGCGUGGACACGGUGGACAGCACGGAGCUCGAGUGGCACAUACGCUCCAACCAGCAGCUGGUGCCCAGCUACUCCGAGGCGGUGCUCAUGGACCUGGCGGGCCGCAGUGCGCAUGCCCGGGGCUUCGCACCCUCCUGUCGCUAUGGUGGCGUGGGUGGCCCUGGCGCGGCCCCGCUGCGUCGCAGCUGCGAGCAGUGCCAGCGCGCCGCCAGCAGCUCCUCCAUUUUCUCGCGCAGCGCGCUCAGCAUCUGUGCCAGCCCGCGCGCAGCACCGGGGCCCGGCGGGGGUGUGGGGGGCGCGGGCAGCCGCUUUUCCCUCGGCCGCCUCUAUGGCUCACGGCGCAGCUGCCUGUGGCGCAGUCGGAGUGGCAGCGUCAAUGAGGCCAGCUGCCCCACAGAGCAGACCCGUCUGUCCAGCCAGGCCAGCAUGGGGGACGAUGAGGACGACGAUGAGGAGGAGGCUGGGCCGCCGCCGCCCUACCAUGAUGCGCUCUACUUCCCGGUCCUCAUUGUGCACCGGCAGGAGGGGUGCCUGGGCCACAGCCACCGGCCACUGCAUCGCCACGGCUCCUGCGUGGAGACCUCACUGUGAGGGGCCCCUGGAUGGGUCCACGCGCCCCUUGCCGAACUGUGUGUCCCGCGUGGAGCAGGGGAGUGUGGGGGUCACCCAGGCCAGGUGUGGAAGGAAUAGAACAGAAGGGUUCUGGAGAGACCCCCAUGGGGCCAAGAGCGACCUAGCCUGGACACAGGGACAGAGCAUGAGAAGGCGUGGCUCCCCAGAACCCCAACUGCAGGCAGAAUGACUCCUCCACCACUCCCACAGUUCAUGAAGGCUCACCCCCCUCUCCGCACACACCAGAGAUUUCCCGUGCAGCCUCCCACCGGCCUGACUGUUAGUGGCAACUAUGCGGGGAGUGGGGGACCUGGGCUGAGCCGCCUCGGGAGGGUGUGUCUCCCUGGGCAGCAGGGUGGUGUGCAGAUACAGGAGGGGCACCUGGGACUUUACUGACCCUUGGGACCUUUGCUGGGAACAGCAGGGGUAGCUGCUAUCCAGCUGACGCGUUCAGAGCCAGGUGGCAGCCCCAGCACAGUCCCCACACCGUGGCAAUGUGGCCGUUCUCUUCUUGGCGUUGGCCCCAGAGCUCGGGGCUUCCUCUCACCCUCUUCCUGCACUGUUGUUUGUCACUGGGCCCCAGGAGCAGGUCCUGAGGGAUUGUGCUCAUGGCACCACGUCACUCUCUUCUAUCCUCCUGGGACAGGGCCCUUCAGCCCUUUCUGGAAACUCUGUAGCCUCCUCCCUGAGUUCGGGUGGGUUCUGAUGCCACCUCGGCGGCUGGUGUGAAAGCCGGCCAGGGUGAGUGACACAAGAGAUGCACCUGAUGACAGGUGGGCCCUGGGGCACAGAGGGCAGUGGAGGGUGGAGGGGCAGGAUCUCUGAAGGGGAGCCCUUACCUCCCCAGACCUCUGGGGAGGAGUAGCGCAGUCUCGCCCCUCACCCUUGCCUCUGUGGGCUGAGGAACUGGUCACUGGCCCAAACUGGAGGGACACUUGAUUCCAGUGGCAGGAAUUAUCCAACUCUGCCAAACUUCAUCUCCAUUUAUGCCCUGAGCAGAAGCCCUGUCGUGUGUCCCAGGGUCUUCAGAGGGGCACCCUGCCACUGCCUGGGGGCGUUGGCCCUGUUCCCCAGAGCUCCAUUCUGACGUUUCUCCCCCGUGCUUCCCGCCACCUGCCCCGGUGUGCUUGGUGUGCAUGUCUUUGUACAGCCCUUCGCCUUCCCAGCUGCCCGGCUCCUUUCCCAGCACACUUAGGGCCUGGGAACCAGGUUCACAUCUCGGGCACCCAGGCAUUGUGCCCCAGAUGCUUCUUGCUUCUCUGCUGCCAUCAGAGCUCUGCUGUUGGCCUCUCCUGGCCACUUUCCUGCCCGUCCUCCCCCUUUCUGGCUAGACCCACACCUGCACGGAGGUGUGGCCUCCAGCUAUGCAAUAUCGCCUCUAUCUCCUGCUCUCCUCAGGGGAACGAGGAUGGGGGCAGACUGUGGGGGGCACUCUGGCCCAUGGAUCAUCAAGGUGCACAGAGAUGGGUGAGGGAGGAGAGGCCAGAGAGGGAGUAGUUGGGGCAGAAAGGCACAGCUGCCCACCUGCCUGCCAGCUCACAAACCCAUCGGGACCCUGAGUCUGUGCUCCUCGGGGCCUGGCAGUGGGAACACCCCUCUCAGGAGGUGCAGCGGGUCCCCGUUAUUAUUUCACGUGUAUCAAUCAUUUCUGCUAGGUGUGCUCACCCAGUCAGCCUCGCCUCGCACAUACGCACAGACUUAGAGAGAAACUGAUUCUUUGGUCUAUUUUCUUGGUAGCUUUUAUUGAUUGCCAGGGAAAAUGAAAACCAGAAAAUUAAUUAAUCUCUAAAAUUAAACUUUACACUGAAUGUUCUUGUUUCUCUAAUUAGAACCUCUGCUAGCAGCGGUGGCCACACACACACACCCUCCCACCUACACGUUUGCACUCUGAAACCGUUUGAGGGUGUCAGGCAUGAAGGAUUCAAGGCCACCCAGACAGGCACAUGUGCGUUACCCCGCUCAAGCCCCUGUGGUGCUCUGCUCAGCGGCUGCUUGUUGGAAGGGGUCCCUGGAGAGUGGGUGCCGCUGGGAUAUGGUUGAAAUUCAUGACCCAGCCCUUGGGGACCUAGGCCUGAGCAUCAGCCCCUUGGGCAUCCUGGCUGAUGUGAUUCCUGUAGUUGUGGCCAAGCUGAGCAGCUGCAGAGUGACAGGGACUCAUGCAGGGCACCUGGAAGGCUCCCCAUGUCUGGGGACAAGGGCUGUCAGGCGGGCUGGGCCUGGCCGGGAGGAGCAAUUGGGUGCAUCACACUGUGGCCUUUCUGUCCUGGAUUUCCAAGUGCAAAGAUUGUACAAAUCUAACUGGUGGAUAAUAAAGUUGCGAUGACUCACCGA